AUGGCUUCGAGAGACGCUGACGAGUCACUGCAGGUCCAGAUAGUCGUUUACGACCUCCUCCCACCAUCGAAACUCGGCUCGCUGCUGAACUUCAUCGGAUCGGGCGUCUACCAUUCGUCAGUCCAGCUUCGCAUCCCCCUCGGACCGACGGACCACUCGCCUACACCGACCGAGUACGCCUUCGGAGGACACGACUCGCCAAACGUGACGGGCGUCUUUGGCAUCCCGGCCGGAACGGCGGCUCAGCGAAUGCCGGGCUUGCGGUACUAUUCGACGCUCGACGCUGGGACUGCGUUCGGGGAGGACUGGGAGAAGGCGUUCGGGCGGAGAAGCAGCGGAGGAGCUGUCAAGCGGAAGCGACGGAGGCGGCUGGAGAGGACGCGCCAGGCUAGCGAGGACGAGACUAUUGCUGGACGGUCGUACGGAGACUGGCAGUCCAUCGACUCGCGAUCGACCGUUAACCUCGUCGACUCAGCGCAAGCUCCAGGGCGGACACCGAAGAUGGACUUCAAGGCGGACGAGGAUGUGGACGACGAGGCGGACGGAUCUGCGGAGGAGGAGGAGGAUGAUGGCGGCGCGAGUGACGGGACGCAGUACAUGACCAAGGCCGAGCGGAGAGCAUACCGGAUCCUGCAAGAGCUCAAGGCGGAUCCAACUUGGAACGGGACUCGAUAUCGCUUACUCGAGAAGAACUGCAACACCUUCACGGACGAGCUAGUCUAUCGGUUAACGGGGCGAAGAGCGCCUGGAUGGCUGAACCGGGCAGCUUGGGUCGCUACGUCGAUACCCUGUAUCGUCCCCGCCGGCUGGAUCGACGAGGUGGACGAGGCUGCACCUUCGGGCGACGGCGUCGACGUGCACGACCCAGCGCACAUGGUCAGCGGUGACGGAGAGCUCGUGAUCAAGCCGCCGCGUGCAGAUAGGAUGGACUUGGGCGGGCGGGAAUCUUGA